UCCGUGUGGCCGGUGCCUGGUGGUCACCAGUAUACACUGGAGGCUACAGCCUACGCCCUGAUGGCCCUGCUACGAAUGGGAGAGUUUGAGGAGGCCAGCGCCGUGGUGGAAUGGCUACACACUCAGAGGAGAGUACGAGGAGGCUACGGAUCCUCUCAGUCAACCAUUGUGGUGUACCAGGCUGUAGCUGACUACCGAGAGCAGAUGAGGAAGCUGCAGCAGGUUAAUCUGGAGGUGAACAUCGACGUCUCCGGUCGUAGCAGGCCCAUUCGCUGGACCUUCAACCAGGGAAAUGCCUACGUUAGCCGCUCUGACAAGCUCCAGCUCAAUCAGAACCUGACGGUGACGGCCAAAGGCAAUGGAGCAGGAACACUCUCGGUGUUGACUAUGUACUAUGCUCCUGCCACGGAAAAUGACACAGCCUGCAAUCGUUUCAAGCUCAACCUGACUCUGGACAAACAGGCUAAAGUUUCACAGAACGGUGCCAGUGAAACCUAUAUCCUGAAGAUUGACAUCAUGUAUAACUCUGAGGAGAGGGACUCCGGCUUCGCUGUGCUUAGUGUUGGGCAGCUGACCGGUUUCGUGGUGGAUACUGGUGACCUCAACAGGUUGAUGUCAAGCAGUGAGAGGUACAUCCAGUCCUACCAGAUGGAUAACAUCCUCUCACAAGAUGGCUCCCUUCUCAUCUAUCUCAAUAAGGUGUCCCAUACGCGGCCAGACACAAUUGCUUUACGGAUCCACAAGAAGCUAGGUGUGGGCCUGCUACAGCCAGCUGCUGUUACUGUGUACGAAUACUCAGACAUAGACAAUCGCUGUGUGAAGUUUUACCAUCCAGACAAGAUCAGUGGAUCUCUGAACCGCCUUUGCCACAAUGAUGUCUGCAAAUGUGCUGAAGAGAGUUGCAGUGUGCAGAGGAAAGAAGGGGUAGCCAGCGAAGAACGAGAAUAUACGGCCUGUGAGGCAGGAAUGGACUAUGCAUACAAAGUCACGGUGCAGAACAGCAGUCUGACCAGCCACACGGAUGUCUAUUCCAUGGAGGUCACUGAGGUCCUCAAAGAAGGCACUGAUGCUGCAGCCAUGGGAGCCUCCCGCCUGUUUGUGGCCCAUCCUUCCUGUAGGGCGGGAUUAGAACUUCAGAAUGGCCUCUCCUACCUUCUGAUUGGCCACCGGCAGGACAUCACCAGGCUCGAUGACGGGAGUGUGCAGUAUGUUCUUGGAGCUCGUACCUGGCUUGAGUAUUGGCCUACAGAAGAGGAGGGCAGGAGUGCUCCACACAGAAAGACAUACAGAAGCAUUCAACACUUCGCCCAGGAGCUCAGUCAAUGGGGCUGCCAGUACUGAAGCUGAAGUGGAGUUUCAUUACAUGACA